AUGGAGAAACAUGUUGCUGAAAUUUUUAGCUACUCCAAUUCCGCCCAUGAUCUUUGGAAAGCUUUGCAGGAUAUGUAUGGAAAUCAAAACAACUAUGCACGGGUCUUCCAAUUAAAGAAGGACAUUGCCAGUGCUCAACAAGAAGGGAAAGCAUUUGUUCAACACCUUGGGAGUCUCAAAGCCAUGUGGAAUGAGUUGGAUGUAUAUCUCCCUCAUACCACAGAUCCUACCAUUCUCCUAAAACGAGCUGAGGAAGACAAAAUUUAUCAGCUGUUAGGGAGUCUGAGCUCUGAGUACGAGGACCUAAGGAGUCACAUCUUGAUGAGUCAAGAUCUGCCUACCUUCAACAAUGUUUGUGCAACUAUCCAACGAGAAGAAGCAAGGAAGAAGGUUAUGAAUGUUGAUCACAAUCCUAGAUUAACGGAGACUCGGGCAUAUGCAUCAAAUUACAAGAACUCAGAAGCCAAGGUAUACAAGGGAAGAAACACACAUCUAAAAUGCAAAUAUUGCAAUGGUGUUGGUCAUGAGGAAGACAAGUGUUGGGAACUUCAUCCUGAACUCAAGCCUAAGUUCAGCAAAGAUGGAAGGAUGAUACCAAGGUCCUCACAACAAUUUCAACCUCAUUUCAAGGCAAAACUUGCUAAUGCUCAAGCUCCUACUAUCUCACAAGGAUCCAUGGAGUUCACUGCCAAUCCAUUGUCAUUGAUCAAUGAAUUUGCAGCUUACCUACAAAGUAAGGGGCACGGAGGAGGCUCACAUGGUCAAGGCAAUGAAGAGGGUAGUCACACAGCUAUGUUGGGACAAUUUGCCGGAUUUCUUGCUGGAAAUGAGAAAGUUCCAAAGGGAGAAGCAUCAGGAUGUUCUCACCAUGAAGAUGAUUGGUGAAGGGGUCUUCAUAAAUGGCCUUUACUACCUGUGCAAGAAUGCAUGUUUCACUCAGGCUCUUCAAGCUCAAUCAAAGUCCAUAGAUGAAAACCAACUUUGGCAUAGGAGAUUA